GGGCGGGGCCGGAAGAGGAAGUCGGGGCUGCAGCCCAGAGGUCCGGGUACCGCCAGCGCCGCCAGCGCCCAGCUGCCCGCCCGCGGGAUGGGGCUGCUGCUGCACUUGCGGCACGCUCCCGCGGCCGCUCUGCUCUGGAGCUGCCUGCUGGGACUGACAGCUGCUCAGGAAGCCAUCCUGCACGCGGCCGCAGAUGGCUCAUCUUCACUUUCCAAGGACUAUUGCAUGCAUUAUAACCCCAAAUGGACAAGGCUUCCAAGUUCCCUAGAAAAUGCAACUUCUCUUAGCUUGAUGAAUCUGACUGGCACGCCACUGUGCCACCCUUCUGAUAUUCCUCCUGAUGGCAUAAAGAACAAAGCAGUGGUGGUACAGUGGGGAUCCUGCCACAUCCUUGAAAAAGCCCAAAUUGCCCAGAGAGGUGGUGCUGAAGCAUUGCUGAUCGCUAACAGCAGUAUUCUGCUUCCUUCCUCAAGGAACAGUUCUGAAUUUCAAAAUAUGACAAUACUAAUUGCAGUGAUAAGCCAAAGAGACUUUAAAGAUAUGAAACAGACUCUAGGAGAUAACGUUACCGUGCAGAUGUAUUCUCCAUCCUGGCCUAAUUUUGACUAUACUAUGGUGGUUAUUUUUGCAAUCGCUGUGUUCACUGUGGCAUUAGGAGGAUACUGGAGUGGAGUCAUUGAAUUGGAGAACAUGAAGGCAGUGACAGAUGCGGAAGAUAAAGAGAUGCGGAGAAAGAAGGAAGAGUAUUUGACUUUCAGCCCCCUCACAGUUGUCCUGUUUGUGGUCAUCUGCUGUGUGAUGAUCGUCCUGCUCUAUUUCUUCUACAGGUGGCUUGUUUAUGUUAUGAUAGCAAUUUUCUGCAUAGCAUCAGCAAUGAGUCUGUACAACUGUCUUGCUGCAUUGCUUCAUAGGAUGCCAUGCGGACAGUGCACGAUUUCCUGUUGUGGCAAAAGCAUUAAAGUAAGCCUGGUUUUCCUCUCUGGACUGUGCAUCUCAGUCGCUGUUGUGUGGGCUGUGUUUAGAAAUGAGGACAGAUGGGCUUGGAUUUUACAGGAUAUCUUAGGAAUUGCUUUCUGUCUCAACUUAAUUAAAACAAUGAAGUUACCCAAUUUCAAGUCCUGUGUGAUACUGCUAGGCCUUCUCCUGGUCUACGAUGUGUUCUUUGUCUUCAUAACACCGUUCAUCACAAAGAAUGGUGAAAGCAUCAUGGUGGAACUGGCGGCUGGGCCUUUCGAGAAUGCUGAAAAGAAUGAUGGAAACUUUGUGGAAGCCACUGCUCAACCCUCAGCUCCCCAUGAGAAAUUGCCAGUACUUAUCAGGGUGCCAAAGCUGAUCUGUUACUCAGUAAUGAGUGUAUGCUUCAUGCCCGUUUCAAUAUUGGGUUUUGGAGAUAUUAUUGUACCAGGCCUUUUGAUUGCAUAUUGUAGAAGAUUCGAUGUUCAGACUGGUUCUUCUUCUAUAUACUAUAUUUCAUCCACAAUUGCCUAUGCCGUUGGCAUGAUAAUUACGUUUGUUGUCCUUGUGCUGAUGAAGAAGGGGCAGCCUGCUCUCCUCUAUUUAGUACCUUGUACACUUAUUACUGCCUCAGUCGUUGCUUGGAGUCGUAAGGAGAUGAAAAAGUUCUGGAAAGGUAGCAACUAUCAGGUGAUGGAGCACCUGGACUAUUCAACAAAUGAAGAGAGCCCAGGGACCACUGGUGAGCAGGCUGUGCAGCAGUAAUAACGUGGACCUACAAGGAUGUGCUAUUGAUUGUUUUACAAAUAGAAUUUGCCCACCCCACUCCAUCCCCCCCCCCUUCUUUCUUUUUUGCUGUUGGAGACAGAGUCAGUACUGAAACUCAUUGUCCUCCUGCCUCAGUCUCCCAAAUGUUUGAGGACUAUAACUGGGAAACACCAUGCCCAGAAAGUUUGAAAUCAAAAUUUGAACUGAAAAUUGGAAACAUUUGCAAUGAUGUUUGCCAAUCCAUAUAUUUUUAUGAGCUGGUAAAAUUCAUUAUACAUAGCGAAAAUGCAUUUCCUUUUAAUUAUGUUAAAAUUGUGCCUUCACAAUCAAUGAAAAACAUAGGGUUUGUGUAGUUUCUAAUGUAUUAUAUACAUUAUAUUUUUCUAAAAAAAAAAAAGACACUUUGACCCUCCCUUGUACUUUUCUAAAAUAUUUCUCCAAAAUCCAAGGAUAGUUCAUUUAUAAGUGUCAAAUCAAGUUUCUUUCUUUUCUUUUUUUCUUUUCAAGACAGGGUUUCCCUGUGUAGCUUUGGAGCCUGUCCUUACCAGGCUGGCAUUAAACUCACAUAGGUCCACAUGCCUCUGCCUCCCAAGUGCUGGGAUUAAAGGUGUGCGCCACUGCUCGACUCAAAUCAAGUUUCUUGAAUAAAUGUUUUGUUUAAGAUUUA